GGUGUUGGCGCGGUGUUGAAAACCCGGGAGUUAAAUAACAAGUCCGUACAUUUAGGAUAUCCCCGAAAACCCGAGGACGUAAACAGCUUGACGCUCCGUGUCUGCAGACUGGAAAGGUCUUCGGUUAAACUGCGUCUUAAUAGAGUAAAGAAAAUGGAUAAUGGCAGGGCCACAUUCCCAUUUCCAUACCAGCCGUAUAACAUCCAAGAGGACUUUAUGCAAACCCUCUACAGAGCACUGGAUCAAGGCAAAGUUGGCAUCUUUGAAAGUCCAACUGGAACGGGCAAGUCACUGAGUCUGAUCUGCGGGGCUCUGAGCUGGCUCACUGACCAUGAGGAGAAGAGGAGGGAGGAGACGGCUGCUCUGCUGCAGGAGGGACAGGCAUCUCUCUGCAGCCCUGCUGCUCACUCAUCCACCAGCUCCACAGAGCCCGACUGGAUCACUGACUUUGUUCAGAAAAAGGCUGAACGAGAUCUGGUCUCAAAACUAAAGGACGAAGAGUUGAGAAGGAAGAAGAGGAAUGAACGGUUGGAAAUGAUCAGAAACAAUGCUCAGCUCAAGUAUGCAAUCAAAAGGAAGGGCUGCGAAGAGGAUGAAGCAGUCAAGUUGCUUAAUCUCAGUAAAGAGGAACAAGUUGAGGCAUCGGGAGAUCAAGAAGACGAAGAACUUGUAGUUGCAGAAUAUGAGAGUGAUGAUGACUCAAAGAGCAAAAGCAGAUUCUUUGGAGGUGCGGACGAGGAAGAUGAUGAGCUGGUUGAAGAGCACGUGACCAAGAUUUACUACUGCAGUCGCACUCACUCCCAGUUGGCCCAGUUCGUCCGUGAGGUUCAAAAGAGUCCCUUCAGUAAGGACAUUAGCCUGGUAACACUGGGCUCACGGCAGAAUCUGUGUAUUAAUGAAGAAGUGCGACGUCUCGGCAGCAUUCAGCGAAUUAACGACCGUUGCAUGGAAAUGCAGAAAAACAAGCACCAGAAGCAGCAUCACGAAGAGGGUGCAAAACGCAAGCGAGGCCAAGCGAAGAGUGUGUGUCCCUACAACAAAGCUUCUGCACUGCAGCAGAUAAGGGAUGGACUUCUGGGUGCCGUCCAUGACAUCGAGCAGCUGCUGAAACUGGGCAAGGAAACGCAUUCAUGCCCUUAUUACGGCACACGUCUUGCAGUUCCCCCGGCACAGUUGGUGGUGUUACCUUAUCAGAUGGUGCUUCACGAGGCUACAAGAAAGGCAGCAGGGGUUCAAUUGAAAGGACAGGUUUUAAUCAUAGAUGAAGCUCACAACCUCAGUGACACUCUCUCCGGUAUACACAGUGCAGAACUUACUGGAGCACAGCUCUGCCGGGCCCAGUCUCAGCUCACCCAGUAUGCUGACCGCUAUAAGAACAGACUCAAAGCAAAGAACGUGAUGUACAUUAAACAGAUUCUGUUUGUGAUUGAAGGAUUGAUACGAGUGCUGGGAGGUAAGGCUGGGCAGAAUCCACAGACCCAGACUGUACAAGCAGGGACAGAGAUGCAUACCAUUAACAACUUUCUCUUCAAGGCUCAGAUUGACAAUAUAAACUUGUUUAAGUUACAAAGAUACUUUGAGAAGAGUCUGAUCAGCAGGAAAUUGGGUGGCUUUGUGGAGAAGUACGCUGGCUCGGGCGUGGCUCUGCACAUUCAGAGCAGCUCCAACAAGGAGAACCGACGCACAGAAGGGUUAAAUCGUUACCUUCAGGCCCUACAGAGUAACCAAAGCUCUGCACCAGUUCCCUCUGCAGACCAGCAGGGGUCUGCUGAGGCAGAGAAAGUGCUCUCUGCAUCUCCCAUGAUGCAGGUGGAAGGUUUCUUCAUGGCUCUCACCAACAGCAACACUGAUGGGAGAGUGGUUGUCCACAGACAAGGCACCUUGUCAGAGAGCAGUGUAAAGUUUCUCCUGCUGAACCCAGCAGUCCACUUUGCCCAGGUGCUGGAGGAGUGCAGAGCAGUCAUCAUUGCUGGAGGAACCAUGCAGCCUGUCUCAGACUUCAAACAAGAGUUACUGUUUUCAGCUGGAGUGGGAGAGGAGCGCAUCAUUGAGUUUUCCUGUGGCCACGUCAUCCCUCCUGACAACAUUCUUCCCAUCGUCUUGUGCAGCGGCCCGUCUGGUCAGGAGCUGGAUUUUACUUUUCAAAACAGAGACUCGCCUCGAAUGAUGGAUGAAACGGGUCGCAUUCUGUCCAACAUCUGCAAUGUGGUCCCUGGUGGAGUCGUGUGUUUCUUUCCCUCUUACGAAUACUCAAAGCGGAUCAUUUCUCACUGGGAGGCCAGUGGUGCGCUAACUCGACUGGGAAAUAAGAAGAAGAUCUUCCAGGAGCCCAAGAAGGCCCACCAGGUAGAGCAGGUCCUGGGCGAGUUUUCUCGUUGUAUCCAGAGGUGUGCUCUGGACAGCAGUGGACUCACAGGAGCAUUGUUGUUUUCUGUAGUUGGAGGAAAGAUGAGUGAGGGAAUCAACUUCUCUGAUGAGUUGGGCAGGUGUGUAGUGAUGGUUGGAAUGCCAUAUCCCAACAUCAAAUCUCCAGAGCUUCAAGAAAAGAUGGCAUAUCUGGACGCGCACCUGCCUCACAGUAAAGGGAAGAGCCCUGGACAUGCGCUGGUAGAAAACCUCUGCAUGAAGGCUGUCAACCAGUCUAUAGGAAGAGCUAUCCGUCACCGUGGCGACUACUCCUCCAUCGUGCUGUGUGACAGACGCUACUCUCGGCCUGCUACGCUCUCUAAACUUCCCACUUGGAUCAAGGAUCGCGUUUCCACCCACACAACUUUCGGCCCUGCUUUUGCUGCCUUGCGGAAGUUCUUCGUGGAAAAAAAGCUGAGGCCGGUGUAGUUUCUCUCAAAGAGCUCAUCAGUUAACAUUUACAGUUAACAAGACUCAAAGUGGGAUGCAUUCGGGUUAAAUUAAAGAGCAACCGUAGAGAAAUUUAAUGAGUUCUAUUGAAAAAAUAUAGAGAUUGGAGGAAUAAAGUUAGCACCUCUCACUCGAAUUGUCAACAGAGGAUGCAGUUUUUUCAGUUUUUGUAUCUUUUAUAUUUUAAAUCAUAUUGUCUUCUGUGACGAAACACUGCAGACAAAUGGCAAAGGUGCCAUUCAUCACAAUUACGCAGCUUUUUCUGCCUGGAUAAUAGAAAAAAAAGCUUCUCACCUAUUUAUAAAUUCAGUGUGUUGAAUUUCACUCCUGAAAGAAUUACUUGACAGAUAUCAGUCACAGAUGUGCCUGGUUUACUCAGAAGUGUUAAAUAUUUAAAGAACUAAAUGUAGAGUGUUAUAUAAUGUAAAGCCUGCUCGUUAAUCAGUUCCAUCUUCUCAGCAGUGAGUGUUUGUGGAUAUUUGGAUCUACUGAAACUGGUUGAAUGAAAAAUAUAUCAAUAAAUCGUUGUAUCAUUUGUGUAUUAGUGAUGUUUAUUUUAGCUUUGGACAAGCUACUGCAGAAGAUUUACAUGGGAUUAUGAGGGCAAACACUCCCUUUUUAUUUGAAAGUCACUUCUUGUAUUAUUAAUGAGAGCAAAAUGUUAAAUUCUCUGUACAUAAAAUGAUUAAAGGCUCGAUCCCAUUCAUUGUCCGUCACGUUAUGCUUCCCAAUCCUCGUCGUCCGUUGGCUGUGGAGCGGGAAGUGGUGGGAUGGCGUCCGACAUCCUGGCAAACGCGCCACCAGUAGCAGGGGGAGCUUCUCCCUGUUCUCCACCAGCCGGACCCUUACCGGA